AUGUACUGGCAUAUAUUGGCACUCGUGAUAUUCUGGGCUCAAAGCCGCGAAGUCUCGCCAUUUGAUCCUUCCGCGCCGAACGGCGAGAAGUGCAUGGCGCUUCGACCGUAUGGGUCUGUCCGACGUGGCGCGAGUGAAUCGCGUGUUCCAACAGCGAGGACUAGCGGAAGCUUCGAACCUGCCAAUCUUCCCGAACGGAGUGCUUUAGCUCCUUUCGGAACUAUCUUGGGGGGUCACGACCCUUUCAAGGACUUCAGCAAUGCUCCCUUGGGGGGAGGAUUGAUGUCGCGGUUCGAUCAGAUUGCCGGAGAUAUGCUGAAGGGAUUUCCUGGGAGCCUUCAGAUGAGUGGGAGCACUCCAGGAGCUGCUCCAGGAACUGGCUGCUACUCUUGCCAGACCUUCGUCAUGUCCUCUUCUCGAGGUGCAGAUGGAAAGGUGCAUACAGAAAGAUAUUCCUCUUCGGACGUUGGCAAUGCCCAGCAUGGAAUCCGAGAGGCACAGCAUGCAUACUCCAACUCUUCCACAGGUUUGGACAAGAUGGGUCUAGAACGACACCUAGGCGAGAGAGCUCGGAAGAUGGUCAAGGAGCGCAAUCGCUUCACUCAGGACGAAAGAUGUCAUGAAAUGCUACGAGGCAUGGACGAGGGAGGCCGGGAUCACUUCGACAGGGACUUUGCAGGAGAAACAGGGAAGUCUUGUGCUCUUUCCAGCAGUGAGACCACAGACAUCGCUGUACUGCUGUUGCUCGUCCACCUGCCAAUCAAUCCUGCAACUUUAAUGAGCUUGGACUGCUUGGACUUUCGGAAGUUCGUGCCCGGGACAAGCAUAGAGGUCCGUUUGUCGUGGUAUUCUCUGACGAACCAGGGAGACCAGGUACUUUUGCUGCGUGCAGCUCCGCUUCCGAGCGUCGAGGCUAAGGAAGCGUAUUGGAAAGAACAGCAGCGCAGCUUCGUCUUGCGAGAGCUGGUAUCACAGACUCGCCCAUACGUUUACGCGUGGUCCUGCUUCCUUACAAUCCUGUUGGCACAGGCUGAGGGAGCUGUCACUUUGGACCGAUACUUAAGGCCCCACCACUGGGUCCGAUACGCGCUCCUGGUCAUCAUUUGCAUCCGCUCCGGUAUAGACGACGAGCAGGAGGUCGAAGUCAUUGAAGAAUCGAAUGCACCCGUCGUAGAAUUGCGCGAGCCAGUUUGUGUAUUGCUCAGUUGGGAUUACCACCAAGUGCUGGAUUUACACUGGGGUGAUACUCAUUGGUGCAGGCAGCUGCUGGAGGAAGGCAAGCCAGAGCACAUUCUUUGGCAAGAGCUGGUACUCUCUUAUUCUAGCCUGCAACGCGGUGAGGAGACGCGCCGCGCCCUGAGUCGCCAGCUGCCGGGUAUCGAGUUCAUUCGGACGGAUCGUCCGACGGGGAGGGCGGUCGCUGCCUCCAAAUCGUGGUUUGGCCGUGCCGAAACGACGAUGAUGCAGAUGAGCGGUGUGCUACAGAUGUGGGCUUGCACGGAUGGUGCCCUUCUGGAUGCAGUUUUUUCUUCGGAGGUGAUGCAAAAAACACAGGCAGGGCUGGAGAACGGUAGUGGCCGAGACAGGCCUGUCCUGAAACUCGAGGUGGCCGCAGAAGAAUUUGCCGACCGUCGAAUACUUGGACCGGCUGAGCCAGAGACCAAGCACUUGGCAGUGCAAUCGCCUGCAAAAGCACCAGAACCGCUUCAGCCCGUGAAGUCAUUGAAUUCUUCAAUGCGGCGACGUGCGUUGGCAUUUCAUGGAGCAUCUAUGGCCGCGAGGAAAGAAGAGCUGCUCGACAUGCACCCGGAUCGACUGGCCAUUCAGCAGGACAUUCUGCGAGCCAGGAGCGUGGGACGCAUUUUAGCCAUCUGCACAGAAGAGGUGCUGCAAGGAAUGGACUCGGUAAACUUGGUAACAGCCCUGCACAGGGUUGCCAAGCUGUAUGAUGGAUCGCACAUAGCCCUGGUUGACAAUCCUCGCUUUGAGUUGAUGCUGAGUGCAGUAUCGCACAAAGUUGAUGCUCUCAACCCACGUGGGAUGGUCCACCUGGUGUGGUCUCUGGCAAGUCUGCAGUGCUGGCCGGACUGGUCGGGAGACUUGAUCGGUCGUUGUGCGCAGUGCGAAUCAUUUACCGGGCGCGACUUGAGCGUUCUACUGGGAAGCCUUGCCAAGUCGAAACCACCCAAACACUUCAAGCAGUGCGAGCAGCUGCAGGAAUCGUUGGUCAGGCAGCUCAGCGAGAGACUGCCCGAGCUGACCACGUCGCUUGAUCUAGCUUGCGCCGCCGCCGCCCUUUCUCGCUUGCAAGUUCGAGAUGAAGGGCUGUUUGUUACAAUUGCACAGCAGGCGAUGCCCGUCCUAAGUGAGUUCUCAAUGUCAGACGUUACUUCCCUCCUGUGGGCGAUGGCCAUCUUGAACUUCACUCACGGUGAGCUGUGCGAACAGAUCCGGCACCUGCUGCGGCAGAAAGCUGAGAGUUGUUCGCCGAAGGAAAUAACCCAAAUUGCCUGGGCCUUGUCCCGAUUGCAGGAAGCUGACGAAGAGCUACUGACUGAAACCAUAGCCCCUGUGGUGCGCAGCAAGUUUUUAGAUUUCGAGGCUCCCCGAGACUUGUGCACACUAGCGUUUGCGUUCAGCAACGCCCGCGUGUUUGACGAAGGCAUUUUCAAUGAUUUUGCCCACACGUUGACGUCCAAGGUCCGUGUCAUGAAUGCACAUGAUGUUUCUAGUGUGGUUGCAGCUUUCGCUGGAAUAGAAUAUGCGCACAAAGGCUUGUUCAAAGCAUUGCAGAAGCACGCCAAAGCCAUCACAGCAUCAUUCACUCCACUACAGAUCGCUCGCACUAUCCACGGCUUCGGUACGGCAGGAGUCGACGACACAUCCCUGUAUAAAGGUCUUUUUGGACAAGUGCUUCAGCAACGGCACCUGUUGCAUGCGAGCAAUAUCGUUGAAAUCUUGAUCGGAUUGGCAGAGGCUGAGUAUGUGCCUGAAGGGCUCGAAGAGUUGCUGAGGGAUGCAAGGCGGCUCGUCAAAUGGCUCGAUGCGGCAGAGUGCAUCCAUGCCCUGCACGCAUUGUCUCGACUGCAGGUAGAUGCAAAAGAUCUCAUUCCCGAGCUUAUGAAAACAAUUCGCGGUCGUGCACAAGGAUGGUGGCGUUGCAAUCUGCAGGACAUGGCAGAUCUCGUGGAGGCAAUGGUUGGGUUGAAGCUAGAUGACUCGCUGCUCUUAAACAUCUGUGCAGGGCAACUCCCACGCUUGCUGUCCAAGACGGUCGAUACACCUACUUUUCUUCGCCUUUGGGGUGCUUUCGCAGAGCUACGUCCACACAUGAGGGAGAGAGUUCAAGAGCGUUUGCAGAAGAACCAGCGAUUUCGAGAUGGCGUGGCUGCUUGUCUCUCUGCAGCUGCAGAGGGCAUCCGGGCCGUGAGAGCUUCAAAUUCAGAGUGCUUGACAGCAGCAAGAGCUGCUGCACAGCUUCUCUGUGCUUGUGCUUCGCUGUCGUGGGAUCAAGCUCCAGUUCCCGAUGUAGUGCAGGUGAUGCGGGAAAUGCUAGGGCUCGAAGUGGUGUGGCAGCAGGGUCAAUACCAGCAUUGGUGGCCACCGCUGGUAUGGGCUCUCGCCGAACUGUGUUAUGACGAUCUUGCAAGGCAUGUGUUGCUGCCAUGUUUUCAGAAUUCUUCCCUUAAUUCCAUGGAUGCAACAGGCAAGCUGUAUUUGGCCGCUGCCGUUGUAUGCCUCGGUUUUGCUGAGGAAUUUGCAGGUUCAAAGAUUCUGCUUGAUGUGAAGCUCACAAAUGAACACGAUACCUACCAUACCGACAAGCACAUGGUGUUGCAGUCACUGGAACUUGAAAUGGCUAUUGCAGGAAUGGAUUUUAUGCAAGGGGCCACGCUACCUCAUCUUGAAGUGAAGCCAACUAGCCUUUGCAGUGCAGGUUCACUAUAUGACUAUGCCGACCAAGUUUCAAAUGCUUUGGUCGAGCUGGCUAUAGCUCACGAAGCCAAAGUGAUGAUUGGAGGGUGUCAUUAUGUACAAGCUGUCCUUUUUGGUGAAGUUGCACUGCUUAUCCAGUCUCCACGGGACUUAACUAUUUCAGGUUCAAUGCUGGCUUCCGCACGAGCGCGCACCAGACAACUGACAUCCCUGGGUUGGGUCUGCAAAGAGUUCUAUUUCAGCGACAUAGAGCAGGCUCUGCAAACGUCUGGAGGCUUGAAGAACUUGCUCGCUCCCUUGAACGCGGCAAAAUAG